GGAGGAGGUGGGUUUUAAGGAUCCCAAAGUAAGCAGGACAGAACAAAGUGCCUUCAAGAAUGGCCGUGCCGCUUGGGGCAGUCAUCUGUUUCCAAACGAGAACAGAGCUUGGUGAUUUGUGAAACGAGGGUUCGAGGAAAUUACAGUAUGUGCCAGUCAGAAGUAGCAGAGGCCAGACCAGGCCUAAGCAGUCCCGACCCGCUGGUGAGAGAGGCCUACUUGAUGGCCCAUGACUACAUAGACUAUGUCAUCACAGGCGGGAUGGACGGAAGAAUGGGUCCUGCCCCCACUGCCUGCACUAAAGCGCUUCGCUACGCUGGAGAUGUGCUCCUUACACGCUUCCCCAUCUUCUUCAGGCGCUGGCCACGUGUCUUCCAGGAUGUGACAGAGAAUACAGCCUGUCCUAAGCUUAUGAAGAUCCUAGAUGAACACUUCUUUCCCAUUGAUCCCAGGGGACGACGCCGUGACCUGGCAUGGAGCGCAAUAUUGUCGGUCUAUAUUCUAGCUGGCCAGAUGGCCAUGUAUUGCCAGGAGAAUGGCAUGGCGGUGAUUUUGCCUCAGCUGAAGGAGUGCGUGGGUGCUUAUGUGGAGAGGGUCAUCUGCCCUGAUAUCAGAGAAAAGGGAGGAUGGGGUGGAUUUGUGUCACGCUUUGGAGAGAAACAGAGCCUGGAGGGUCAGCUGAAGCAAGUGUGCUGCUGGACCCUGCUGGCUUUAGCCUCAAGCGUCCUUUUUGACGUCAUGUGGAAAAAGGUUUUGGCUAACAUUGCCACCGACUGACUAUCGCCAAAA